AUGCGUUUACUCACUCCACCGGACCUCCCCGGCCCACAUGCAACCUCCAGCAACGGCAAGAAGAGCGGCUCCAGCGAUGCACAAUCGCAAGCUACAGCUGGAACCUCCUCGAGGCAUCUCGAAAGCCACAUGUCAAGAGAAGAGCAUUGCGAACCCACUGCUAAUGUAGCGUUUCUUGUGAGAAAAGCAAGUGAUUCCAACCAGUCAGGCAGAGGACACAUCCGAAGCCAAAGCGGGCCAGGAUUCUUUCGAAGUAUUGGCGGUCGGUUUGGAAGAGAAUUGGAAGGGUGGUCCGGGACGCCCGGAGGACUUGUCGAAGGAGUUGGGCUUGAUGCAAAGAAGUACAUCGAUGCAUUAAUCAACCUGAAUAGGUAG